AUGGAUCUCGGGGAAACAGGCAUCGUGGAGUGCGAAAUCAUACAGUGGUUCGUCGAGCCCGGCGCCAGAGUCGAGGAGUUCUCCCCGCUGUGUGAGGUCCAAAGCGACAAGGCCUCGGUCGAAAUCACCAGCCGCUUCUCGGGCGUCGUCAAGAAGCUGCACUACGACGCCGGCGACAUGGCCAAGGUCGGCAAGCCCUUUAUCGACAUUGACAUACAGGGCGGGGCCAAGCAGGAGGACCUAGAUGCGUUGACGGCACCGACAGGGCCGGCAGACACAUCUGCACCCAGCUCAUCCGAGACCCCAGCAGCAGCACAAAAGGAUCAAUCACAAAAAGCAAGAGAAAACACACAGGCCGAGGCGGCGCCAGCCGAAGCUCCGAAACAGAAGGGCAAGCACGCGGCGCUGGCAACGCCGGCCGUCCGCCACCUCUCCAAGACAUUAAACGUCGAUAUCGCCGAGAUAGACGGCACAGGCAGGGACGGGAGGGUUCUGAAGGAAGACAUCCAGAACUUUGUCAAGCGCCGCGAAUCCGGGGGCCCCGUGGCGGCCCCGCCUUCCGGCGCCGAACCCACUGGGCCCGCACCGUCCACCGGACCCCAGGUCGAGACCCGCGUCCCGCUCACCGUCACCCAGCAGCAAAUGUUCAAGUCCAUGACACGCUCCCUCAACAUCCCGCACUUCCUGUACGCCGACGAGGUGGACUUCUCCAGCCUCGUCCAGCUGCGCACCCGCCUGAACCGCGUCCUCACCUCCGCCCCGGAGCUCGGCGCCGACGGCGUCGCGAAGCUCUCCUACCUCCCCUUCAUCAUCAAGGCCGUGUCGCUGGCUCUCUACCAGUACCCGAUUCUCAACGCCCGCGUGGAUCUCGACGCCUCCACCCCGGCUUCUAAACCCUCCCUCGUAAUGCGCAGCCAGCACAACAUCGGCGUGGCCAUGGACACCCCCUCGGGCCUCCUCGUGCCCGUGAUCCGCAACGUCGGCGCCCUCAACAUCCUCUCCAUCGCCAAGGAGCUCACGCGCCUGCAAAAGGCCGCCUUCGCGGGCAAGCUCACCCCGCAGGACCUCGGUGGCGGCACCAUUACCGUGUCCAACAUUGGCAACAUUGGCGGGACGUACCUGUCGCCCGUGAUCGUGGACAAGGAGGUCGCGAUCCUCGGCAUCGGCCGCAUGCGCGCCGUGCCGGCGUUCGAGUCCGAGGAUUCGGACCGCGUGGUGCGGAAACACGUCACCAACUUCAGCUGGAGCGCGGACCAUCGCGUCGUCGACGGCGCGACCAUGGCGCGGGCCGCGGAGGUGGUGCGGAGGGUGGUGGAAGAGCCUGAUGUCAUGGUUAUGCACCUCAGAUGA